AUGGAAAAGUUUGAUUUAAACGUAACUUUACCACCAUUUCUCAAUGGGGGUCGCCAAUUUACAACUGAUGAGGCUAAUGAAUCAAGUAGCAAAAUUUCUCCUCCUAUUUCGAUAAUAGGCGUUUUUCAAUUGAAACGGCCACGUUCCUAUCCUGCAGAAAAGGCAACAACAACAGAUUUGAAUGGAGCUGUAAACUAUGGGAUUUAUAGGUGUAACGAUUAUCCAAACAUCAUACGUGUUCCAACUAAAUCUGCUCAUGUAAAUCGAUUAACACGUAAUCCCAUCAUUCAAUUUACAUCUGACGAGGUUUUGGAAUGGUGGUGUGACUGUGCCAUAGGUAAUGGGCUUUUAGGAUGUUACAGUCACGUCGCUUCUGCGAUAUGGUUUCUAUCUUUUCAACGCUGGCAACUGAACAGUCGAAACAUACCUUCAAGAAAUUUCAUUAAUUACGUAACUGACGCUCCAUAA